AGGAGAAACACAAGCCCCAGAAGCCCUCGCGCCACUCUUUCCCCUCCCCUCUUGAAGUCGGAGUGCUGUUUUUGUUGUUGGUGAAAGGUGAGGGGAACAGCUGAUCCGGUCUGUGGGGUGGGCAGCUACCUGGAAGGCAGAAUGGAAGAAUCAUCACUAAGCCGGAUACCAUCCCGGGGUGGAGUCAACUUUUUGAAUGUAGCCCGGACUUACAUACCCAACACAAAGGUGGAGUGUCAUUACACCCUCCCCCCAGGCACCAUGCCCAGUGCCAGUGACUGGAUUGGCAUCUUCAAGGUGGAAGCUGCCUGCGUUCGGGAUUACCACACUUUUGUAUGGUCUUCAGUGCCAGAAAGCACAACUGAUGGCUCCCCCACCCACGCCAGUGUCCAGUUCCAAGCCAGUUACCUGCCCAAACCGGGUGCUCAACUCUACCAGUUCCGAUAUGUGAAUCGCCAGGGACGUGUGUGUGGGCAGAGCCCCCCCUUCCAGUUCCGAGAGCCAAGGCCCAUGGAUGAGCUGGUGACCCUGGAAGAGACUGAUGGUGGCUCUGACAUUCUGCUGGUUGUCCCCAAGGCCACUGUACUACAGAACCAGCUGGAUGAGAGCCAGCAAGAACGGAAUGACCUAAUGCAACUGAAGCUGCAGUUGGAGGAGCAGGUGACAGAGCUGAGAAGCCGGGUGCAGGAGCUGGAGCCGGCUCUGGCCACCACCAGGCGGGAGCAUGCAGAGCUCACAGAGCAAUACAAGGGGCUUUCUCGGUCCUAUGGGGAGCUCACAGAAGAGAGGGACGUCCUGAGCCAGCAACAGGGAGACCACGUGGCGCGCAUCCUGGAGCUGGAGGAUGACAUCCAGACCAUCAGUGAGAAAGUGCUGACAAAGGAGGUGGAGCUGGACAGGGUUAGAGACACAGUGAAGGCCCUCACUCGGGAACAAGAGAAACUCCUUGGCCAGCUGAAGGAGGUACAAGCAGACAAGGAGCAGAGUGAGGCUGAGCUCCAAAUGGCACAACAAGAGAACCAUCGCUUAAACGUGGAGCUGCAGGAGGCCAAGGGCCGACAGGAGGAGCAGAUUGCUCAGACCCAGCGACUGAAGGACAAGAUGGCCCACAUGAAGGACACCCUCAGCCAGGCCCAACAGAGAGUGGCUGAGCUGGAGCCCCUGAAGGAGCAGCUUCGUGGAGCACAGGAGCUUGCGGCCUCAAGUCAGCAGAAAGCUGCCCUUCUUGGGGAAGAGUUGGCCAGCGCAGCAGGAGCCAGGGACCGCACCAUAGCCGAGCUGCACCGCAGCCGCCUGGAGGUGGCUGAAGUCAACGGCAGGCUGGCUGAGCUCAGUAUGCACCUGAAAGAGGAAAAGUGCCAGUGGAGCAAGGAGCGGGCCGGGCUGAUGCAGAAUGUGGAGGCAGAGAAAGACAAGAUCCUGAAGCUGAGUGCAGAGAUCCUUCGCCUGGAGAAGGCAGUGCAGGAUGAGAGAAGCCAGAGCCACAUGUUCAAGACUGAGCUGGCCCGGGAAAAGGAUUCUAGCCUGGUGCAGUUAUCAGAAAGUAAGCGAGAGCUGACAGAGCUGCGCUCAGCCCUGCGUGUGCUCCAGAAAGAGAAAGAGCAACUGCAAGUGGAGAAGCAGGAAUUGCUAGAGUACAUGAGGAAGUUGGAGGCCCGCCUGGAGAAGGUGGCAGAUGAGAAGUGGGAUGAGGAUGCUGCUACAGAGGAUGAGGAGGCCGCUGCAGGGCUGAGCUGCCCUUCAGCGCUGACCGACUCCGAAGAUGAGUCCCCCGAAGACAUGAGGCUCCCGCCCUAUGGCCUGUGUGAGCAUGGAGACCCCGGCUCCUCUCCCACCGGCCCCCGUGACGCUUGUGCCCCGGUUGUCAUCAGCCAGCCCACACCCAUUGCAGCCCACCUCUCAGGGCCAGCCGACGACAGCAGCUCGGACUCGGAGGCUGAGGAUGAGAAAUCCGUUCUGAUGGCAGCCGUGCAGAGUGGGGGUGAGGAGGCCAGUCUGCUACUCCCUGAACUGGGCAAUGCCUUCUAUGACAUGGCCAGUGGCUUUGCAGUGGGUCCCCUGUCAGAGGCCAGCACUGGGGGCCCUGCCACCCCCCCAUGGAAGGAGUGUUCUAUCUGUAAGGAGCGCUUCCCUGCCGACAGUGACAAGGAUGCCCUGGAGGACCACAUGGAUGGACACUUCUUUUUCAGCACCCAAGACCCUUUCACCUUUGAGUGACCCCUCCUUCUCCCUAGCACAUGCACCAACACACACUCCCACACUCCCGCUCGCCCCCUGCCCAUGUCCCACCACACGGGGCACCAUGAUACUCUGUUCCUGAAGAACCAUUUCUGUGGGCCCUGUCUCCAUCCCAAGCUUUCUAACUUCAUCCUCUCCCACCUGGCUCUUUUGUCCCAGGCAGGGGUCGUCCUUGGAAGCAGUGGCUGAGUUGACCCCCUGAAGGCGCUUUUGAAGGAAACCAGGAUGGAGGAGACCUUCCCUUGUGGGAAUAGAAUCGUCCACUACUAGCCCUGGUUGCUUCGGAUAUACAGCCACCACCCAUACUCGUGUAUACACACACACAUACACACUCAUACAUACGUGCAUACACACUCCCCUUUCUGAGGCCCCAAAGCCAGUUCCUGGGGGCCCCCAACUUCUCUUUGUGAGGUUUGUUUGUUUACCUGAGUUUUUCUCCGGGUCCUGCAGCAUGAAUGUCAUGACCUCUUCAGGCCCCUCAGUUUUCAGCUUCAUCGUUUUCUCUUUUGGUUCCUCCCACAUUUCCUCAUUUCCCUCCCCACCCCAUCCCAGUCCUUUCCAUGCCUUAGAUAUUAAGUCCCGAGGUUUCUUUUAUAUUUGUAAGGAUUCUUUAACUCUAUCUCCCGUCCUUGCCCGCCACUCCACACCCCCACAUCCUCACAUGGAAAGAAAUAAUGUACUUGUGCCUUCUGUGAGGGUUGGGGGGACAAGUGCUCCCAGGUGUCCCCAUUUUCCCACCCCUUCCCUCUCCAAGUUCCCCACAGCAAUAAGAAUCCUGCCCCCCCCAUUUCCCUCCUCUCCAUAGUUUUGACAAAUAUAUUUAUAUGACAUGUGUAAGUGUUGUCAUAAAAUGUGCUGGCAUUGUGAGGUAGAACUAGGGCAGAGGGUGCAGGCUUUGCGCUCUGAGCUCCUUGGGAUGGGGAGAGGCUGGGCACUUGCCAUUCCACUGUGUUUCCUG